GGACAUAAGGGACGCUUUUACGUGAUAGAAUGGAUGAACAGUCACAAGGCAUGCAGGGGCCUACUGCUCCACCAUUUCAGCCACAGAAAGCCUUGCGACCUGACAUGGGCUAUAAUACACUUGCCAAUUUCCGAAUAGAGAAAAAGAUUGGCCGUGGGCAGUUCAGUGAAGUUUACAGAGCAACCUGCCUGUUAGAUGGGGUACCAGUGGCACUGAAGAAGGUUCAGAUAUUUGAUUUAAUGGAUGCCAAAGCCCGUGCUGACUGCAUCAAAGAAAUAGAUCUUCUUAAGCAACUGAAUCAUCCAAAUGUAAUUAAAUAUUAUGCCUCAUUCAUUGAAGACAAUGAACUGAACAUAGUGUUGGAAUUAGCUGAUGCUGGAGACCUCUCUAGAAUGAUAAAGCAUUUUAAGAAACAGAAGAGGUUGAUUCCUGAAAGAACAGUUUGGAAGUACUUUGUUCAGCUUUGCAGUGCCUUGGAACACAUGCAUUCUCGUCGUGUUAUGCAUAGAGAUAUAAAGCCAGCUAAUGUGUUCAUUACAGCUACAGGGGUAGUAAAGCUUGGAGACCUUGGACUUGGUCGAUUUUUCAGCUCCAAAACCACAGCUGCACAUUCUUUAGUUGGUACACCUUAUUAUAUGUCUCCAGAGAGAAUACACGAAAAUGGUUACAACUUCAAAUCUGACAUCUGGUCUCUAGGCUGUCUGCUGUAUGAGAUGGCUGCACUGCAGAGUCCCUUUUAUGGUGAUAAAAUGAACUUGUACUCCCUGUGCAAGAAGAUAGAACAGUGUGACUACCCACCUCUCCCUUCAGAUCACUAUUCAGAGGAACUGCGACAAUUAGUUAAUAUGUGCAUCAACCCGGAUCCAGAGAAGCGACCAGACAUAACCUAUGUCUAUGAUGUAGCGAAACGUAUGCAUGCACACACUGCGAGCAGCUAAACAGACAUCAGACCAUGAAGAAAAAAGCAGAAAUAACCAAGUGCUUUAAGUAAAUCAUCCCACCUCUUUGUGUGUUACUGAAAUGUAAUUAUUUGAAGCUUACUGUUGUGCUUUGAAUUGUAAACCAAUUUAUAUACAAGCUAUGUUGUUUUCUGUUUAUUUCUAUUUUUUAUAUUUUUUACUAACUUGCAGUUUUACAACAGGUUUAAAUAUGUAAAGCAAGACUUUAAAAGAUACCGAGAACCACUGUUUUCCAUGUUAAGUGGGUUCAAGUAUAUUUUCUUUAAUAACAAAAUUGUAUUCAGUUGGGCCUCAGUUCUAAAACACAGUUGCACUUUUGCACAUGAUACAGAUAUUAGGCUUAUUAUCCAGAAGCAAAAUGUCUGAAUCUCUCACCUUUUUAGUAAUUUAUGGAAGGUAUGAAUCAGCACAGGUAACUUUAUUUUAAUCUUUGUUCUAAGAGGGACAUAGUUAUUAUAGAAGGUUUUUGUAUUUUAUAUUGAAUUGUAGUUUGCAGUUCUCAGUGUAAGAGUAGACAGGUGAUAGGAUUAGUUCUCUGCUUGCCACAUGUGGUGGGAAAACAGUUUCAGGAAAAAUUGUCACGUUGAAAUUUUUGUAACAUCCCUUUUUGUUUUGUUAUUCUGUCAUAAUGCACAUAAAACAUUUGUUGGCGGUUUUCUGGGAAAAUUUAAGGUGUGGCUUCUGCAAUCUGAUCGUUUUCAAUAGACUUGUGCAGCACUGCCCUGGGGCAAUAGGAGUCUGCAUAGUUAAGUCUUAAAACCAUGCAGAUGCUUCUUGUAGCAAAUAGGGUUCUUCUGAGGCUAGCGUUUAUGAGAAGGUCUGGUUAAAAGAUGCUAUCUUUAAGUUACAACUUCCCAGCUGUUUAUGUAUGUCACUGUUUGUAGAUUUUUGUGUUUAAAAUAUUUUGAAUGACCUUACAGUAUAUUUAAAUUUUAAAACUUUUUUUUAACUACAGAAACCUUUUGGAAAAGAUAUAAUAGCGUAGUGUAACACAAAAUAUAUUCUUUAUGAAUAUUUGGUUUUGUAUACUGUAUCCUGAGAAUUAGUUUUAUAUUUAGCAAAAGUAAAUUUUAGCUUUUAUGUUUAAGAGAAAAGUUGCCACUCCUUAAUUUGGGAAAUAAAUAUAUAUGCAAAAUGUCUUACAAAUACUUUAUUAGUUGAAAAGAGAAUUCAAAAUACUUUUGUUAGACCUUAGUGCCUUUUUGGGUAUGCUUAAAUAAUAUUUUAUUGUUAAGGAAGGAAGGUGUCUUAUUUUUAAAUGUGGUAAAAAUGGAGAAUGGACUGAAAUUUCUUGAGUUUCAAGACUGAACUUCUUAUACAGAACUGUCAAAACAUAAUUAUUACCAGUGAUAUUGCUAAGAAGCUGUUACGGUCAGUUAAAUCUUUUUCCUUAUGUGGGUAAAAAGAAGUUCAAAUAAAAGGAGCAGUAUGUACCUACACAUAUAGGUUCUAGAUGCAGUCAAUUCCCUGCACGCUCAGAUCUUUUUUGUUUCUUUCUCUGUGCAGCUUUAAUUUUUGAUUUGAUAUAAUGCUCAAAGAAUAAAAAUCCAACUGUGCGGUUUGUGGAUGAAAUGUUCGAGCUAGGUCAGAGUUUUUUCUGGUUUUGUAUUUUUUAAAACUACAAAUACUAUGGAAAUGGUGUUCGGCAAAGUACAGGAGUUUUUAAAUAGUAUGUGCCAGAUCAUCAGCCUAUCUUAAUACAUUUUUCCUUUUUUUUUUUUUUUUAAUUUUUCUUUCCAGAUUUUGUAGGAUGAAUCCUUAGUUUUUCUUCUAUCUUUUGUGUGUACUUAAUCUUGUAGGACUUCAGUGGAACAAUUUGUAGGGAGGAGGUAUUUGAGAAACCUUGGUUUGUGUCUAGCAAACUCUAGAUUUGUUUUAAUUUAUUAUCUGAUUAUUGAAUUUUAAAAAUGAUGGUAAUGUUCUGUAACAACAGUUCAUAUGUCACAGAAUGAAAUGGUUUGUAUUGGAAAAGGCAGCACAAUACUUGCUUGACUGCCAGGAUUAGCUCUUAAUAUGCACAAGUACUCAAACCAUUUUUUUUCUGAAACGUACUAGAACAUUUAAAAAAUCACUGAAAACCCCCCAACACAGGCUAUUUGCAUCUAAUAUUAUGCAUCAAGUAUUGAACUUUUCCUGAAAGAAACCAGUAAUAGAUUCUACCCCCCCCUGCCCCGCCUUGUCUGGGAGGAUACAUUGAGUAACGAAAACAUGAGUUAAGAGUUAGCAAAUGUGUAUACUUAAGCAUUUAAAGUUUUUUGUUGUUGUUUUUUUAGUAUUUAUGAUUAAAUCUUGUGCUGAGGAAAAGAAAUAGUUGUUCCUAUUUUAAAAUCUGUAAAAUGAAUGGUACAAAUGACUCUGGUAGCAAACUUCAUGAUUAAGAAGCCCUUAUGGGUUAAUAGAACUGCGUAUAUAACUGGGGACUGUAGAAUCUAUCCCCUAAGAAGAGCACCUAGUAACAUGAAAAUGAUAAGUCUGUUAUAACACUCCCAUGUGUGCUAUACACUUAUAAAAAAAUUUCUUUUAUAAAACACCGUUCUAUUUUUUGUAUGUUGUUGUUGGCGGCAUUUGGCACUAUUUAUUUUCAGCUAUGGCAUUAAGUGUUUAUUUUCUUUAAAGAGAGCAUCUUACAUUUCUAAUCAAAAUGUCUGACUAGCUCCUCCUUUUAUUUCAGUAAUGCUACAGUAUUAACUUGCUUCAUGAGUGAACUUUGUGCUUGGAAUGACAUUGCAUAAAAUCUUUGUCUUGUCUUGAAAGCUCCCCUGCUGUGCAGUAGUCUAAUAGAAAUAAAACAUACAGGUAUUAAAUACGAUAUAAAAAUGAUAGUGUUUCUAUGAUAUUUUUCAAACUUUUCUUGUUACAGAUAUGUAUGUAUGUUACGGUAGAUGCUACCUAUCUUGCGGACAGUUUACUGCUUCCAGUAGUUUAUUAUGGUGAGUUUUCUUGACUGUAACAAAAGACAGCACAUACAAAAAAUCUUUUUCGUAUUAUUUGUCAAAAUUUUUUCUAAAAAUACUACAUCAGAUAUAUUCACAAUUAACCCAAAAGAGUGUUUUUAUCUAAAAGUUUAAAAACAAAUCUAAAAUAAUUUUCAAACCAUAUGAAAAUAUCUGAAAAGCAUAAAAAUAACGAAGAGCUCCCAUUAUGGUCCCAGUCCUGUAAACUCUUGUUUAUAGGUAGGCUGUUUUUUAUGUAGCUUCAGUAAUUUUGAGUCAACCUCAUAUACGCACAUGAAUAAACAGUAAUCAGUAGGAUAUAUAGAAAUGAUGCACUCAGCUCACUUUUUAUACUUUCUGUAUGUCACUGGCUUGGUAGCAGGGAAUACUGUGGGGUUUUCUUCCCCCCUCUUCUGUUGCACUCUAAUGAUCCAGCUACCAACUGUAUGAGCAGGCAAUAGAAGUAUGUCGUCUUUUUGUAAUGAGCAGAAACUUUAAAAACAUGCCAAUGUACCGGAAGAUGAAAUACAGUAUUAGAAGUGUCUGAGAAGGCUGGUGUUUUAUUCAUGCUCAUGAUUAAGAAAGCUAUAGAGUGAAAUUCUUGACAGAGCCUUGGAAAUGGAGAAGGACUUCUUACGCCAGUGGUUCUCAGAUAUCUCUGAAUGGGACCCAAAAUCACAGUGAUGUUUGUUUUCAGCAAUCUGUCCACUUAAUCUCUGUCUUUGCUGUUAUACAGUGAGAUGAGAAUCUUAAUGGCUGAAUCUGAAUGCUGGUGGCAAACGCUGUGUCAGGUACUUGAGCUUCUAGGAACAGGAGGCUGGUGUGAGGGAGAGUCAAUGAAGGCCUUCAAGUCUUGCUUUGUGGAGAGUUAAUUUAGUCUGGAAGUAAAGGUGCUGGAUAGCAGAGUUCAAAUCACUGCUUUUCCAUCAUUUUUAAUACUUCUUUAACAGUCAAAAGUUCUUCCAACCCUGCCAUACCCCGACAUCAUCUAGCUGGUGGCAGUGCUGGUUGUCUGAAUUUCUGAUCUCUGGUUUGGUCUGGAUGAAUUAAUAAAACUUUUCUACCAAGAUCACCCAAGGAGGGAAAUACAGGCGCUGGGCAUGCCCAGUGGGGUGUUACUUAUGUUUCCAAACAUGACUCAAAUACAGAUUUUUAAGGUUCUUUUUCAAACUUUACUCCCUUCCCUGAACCUUGUUCUUCAGUUGAUGCUUUUUAAAAAUUUUUUCCCUUUCAUGCUCACUUCUGAAGUCCUACGAUUCCUGUCUUCCACUGCUUCUGCUUCAUCUGUCCUGUUGUCUGCUCUACCCUCUUACUGAUUUGAAGUCCUCUGUGUCUAGUUUUCCUAGUGACCAUUAGUUUGCUUCUUUCUUUGUGACUUUGCUAAACUCAGCCCAUUUCUGUCUUCUCAAAUUUUAUCCCUCACCAUGGGCAAGCCCUAUUUUUUUUCUUCCCCCUGGUAAGUACUUAACUCCAUUGUUCUUCAGUCUGUUUUUCCAGCCCAACGCCUUUGAUUUCUAGUUUUAGACAGAUUUUCUCACUGCCUCAAUCAUUCCCGUGACCUUGUCUUUAGUAAAUACUGUUCACUUUAUUAUUUCUAAAUUCCCUUUCUCUGAUCACUACCUGCUCUCUUUCAGCUUAUCUUUCUUUCUCUCUCCUCUACCCUGUCACUCACUCCUUCUGGGAUCUCCAGUCUAUUAACCUUUCUGACUCCUUUAGUCUUCUCGGCUGCCUCCUUCCUUCAUUGGCCUCACUUCCUUUGACUCACUGGUCUUUAUUUUCAUCUCUAUCUGCUGCUCUAUACGUGGUUUCUUUGCUUGCUUCUCACAUUGCCCUGUCCCCAGACAUUUUUUCUUGUAACUUCUUAAUUUCCAUUCCUGCCUUUCCGAAUAUCUCUGAAGAGUAUGUCAGCACAACACAGCUUUGGACUCAGCUUUGCCUUACCUGUUCUAAUUCUCCUUCCAAAUGGACUUUUUAACCCCUUUUAUCUCACUUUUUUUAACUGUUGAACUUGCUUGCAGGUUUGCUGUUCAUUUUAUUUCUCCAUUCGUUCUUGAUACAAAAUGUGUCUUCAAAACCAAUCUUGAUUUUUGCAUGAUGAGAUUGUUUCAGAAUUGUUCUACUUCUAAGAAUCUGUUUCUCAACUGGGCUUCUCUGACACUUAACUAUAUGAGUUUGCCCUUUUUAUUUCUCUAUCUUUUAUGUGUGUCGCUCCUUUUAUUGAAUGACUUCUUCCUCUUUAAAUCCUCCUCUCAUUUCCUUCACUAGUAACCAAGUUUCUCUUUCCUCUGUCUUGAAGGGGAUGGCACCCAUUGUCCUAACUGGUUCUCUUUUUUAAUACUUUGCCCUUUAUUCCACAUUUGUCAUCCCCUAAUUUCAUGUAUCUGAACAUCCUCCCUCCAUUUUGUUUUCAAGUUUUUGGCUUUACACUUUAAUUUGAAUGCCCUCAAAAUCCAGUGCUUCCUUCCCCAGUUUGGUUCUCCCAUAGUUCUAUCUCCAGAUGAUUCCUUGAGUAUCCAGCCACAGUCUCAGACCUGUUCAGAUUCAAAGAUCUAAUUUUAUUCCUACCUCCCUCUAGACUAUUUUCUAACAUCCUGACAAUUUUACUUGCCUAUUUUCCAGGGCCACAACCUUUCUAUCCCUGACACUUCUCCCAUGCCUGUGUAUCAAAUGUCUCAACAUUAGUAGUUGAGACAAUCUGAUGAUUCCAGCCCUCUUCACUAUCUGUGUUCUUUCUUAUCUUUUAUCUUCACUGUUUUAACCUCUGUCGUUUUGACUUCUUUUCUCCCUUCAAAGUACCAAAAUUGGCAGGACUAAACUCCUGUGGCUGGGCUUUAGCUGUUUCAUGUGCUGAAGAAGGAACUCCACCAAAUUACUACUUGUUUUGUGUUUAAGAGACUCGAGUCCCACAGAUUUGGUCUUAUUUCAGGACUGUGGAGCUGGAGUAGAUUCUAUUUCUCCAAGUACUUAAGUGCUUGAAUUUGGGCCUUGAUUUGGUUUUCUACCAGUUCAGAUACAAAGAAACGAAGGGCAAAAACUUUGUAUUUACUGUAUAUAACUUGUCUUGUUUCUGCACAUAGAGCUGACAGUUCUCUUGUUACAGCAACUUGAUUUCAGUGCUUUUACCGUUGCUUGAAAUAAGAAAGUGCUUGAGAGCUUCACUGGCUGGAUCCCGAGUAUUAGGCACAAAGCUCCUCUUUGUUACUGUCCCACCCUUACACUGGCUUCUCUUAUUUGCUGCCCUCUGUAUCUUCCCUAACUGAAGAUACGCUAUAUUACACUGCAGGGUAGUGUAGAUACAGUUGAGCCAGCUGCAAACAAGGUAGCCUGUAUACUUGCAGCAAUACUGCAAGUUCUUAUCAACAGCCAAAUGUUUAUUUGUCCUGUAGGUCUAGAACGGAGCUCUGUGCUGUACUACUUCUCUAUCCGUGCUACCCUAAUUUAAAGCCCAGUCAGAUCUGCCUGCGUGGUGGACUGCAUGGUUCUCUGUGUAGGUGUGCUAUCUGACUUCCCAGUUUUAGCAGGCUUUCAGAUUUGGAAGACUAUGUUUGCAAAGAUUCACUGUUGAUCAAAUUGUCUGACCUUUGAUUGCUCAUAAUUAUCCUCGUAUACAUGUUGAGAUUGAGAAGCAAGGUCCUCCAUAAAACUAAGAAGUUUGGGGUUUUGGGACUGUAGGAUGUAAAGCUGAAUGUCAGAUUCAGUUUGUGUGUGGGUAUACACACAUUUAAUCACUGUUUAUUUGCACCAGAAUAAUUCUUUUCUUUUAGAGGAUCAGCUGCUUGUUGGCACAAAACAGAGACUCUUCUAGUGUUUUUCAGGUUUUAUGUUUAUUCUUUGUUGCCAGUUUGUAUCAUGUCAUACCGUUAGUUAAUUUGUUCUUCUACAACUGCUUUAAUGCUGGGUGGAGGCCUUAGACCUUUUGUCUAAUCGAAAUCUUCUGUUCAUAUGGAAAUAAAAAUAAAUUAAGAAACUAGGUGCAUUGAGUCCUUCCUGAUAGUUCCGCUUGCUUUGCAUUUAAAUCCUAGCAAUAGAAAGACAUCUCAAACUGGACAGAAAUGGUCCCCAAGAUAGAGAUGUUGGGAAGCACUGGGGCUCCCUGCUUCCUCUCCACCUCCUAGCUCCUCAUUCUCUGGCUUCCUUGGGGCGCUUGCUGGGGGCACGGCACUGCCAGUGUAUGGAGGGCUAAUAGAAACUUGGAAACUAAAAUGUUGAUGUUAUCUUGCUUACGUUCCUGUGGUGUCCUUUCUCAGUGUGAAUAGGAAAUCUCCCGUUUAAAAAUUACUAGGAAGAUCUCUGGUAUUGUUAUACAGUUGUUUAUGGCUCUUUACACAUUUGGCAUUAAAAAUGUGUUUGCUGUUACAAAGAGAAUUUUAAAUCAUGCAAAGGCUCUUAGUUUGUCUUUUAAUAUGGUGUUGAUACUGUUCUGUACACUUCAUUUGCUGGUUGUUUCUUUGAUAACAGUUGUGCUGGACCGUUGUAAAGAUGAUCAUUAAAGAUGAGUAUUGCAUUUUCUGGUAAGAUUUUGUUGGGAGAGGGGAAGAAGGGAAGCAUUCGUUGAUUUGUUUGAAUUUGGCUGCUGAUUGGGCUUGAAUCAAAUCGUAGAGUCAUUCAGGUUGGAAAGGACCUUGAGAGAGGUCUCUGGUCCAGCCUCCUGCUGAGAGCAGAGUCAGUGCUGAAUUCGGACCAGGGCUCAGGGCUUCAGCCAGUUGGAUCUUGGAAACCUCUAGGGACAGAGAUUGUGCAGCUUCUCUGGGCAGCCUGCUCCAAUGCUUAGCUAGCGUCACUGUAAACCUUGUUUUCCUUAUGUUCAGUCAGAAACUCCUUGGUUACAAAUUAUGGCCGUUGUUUGUUCUCCUGGCACUCCUCAAAUGUUUUUUAUAUUGCAAAAAAGGUAAGUCGAGUAUUGAAACAUCAGAGAACUUACAAUGUUUUAUUUUCUGAAACUGUUGUUGCAAACAAAUAAAUAUGUUCAUGUAG